AUGUCUCAGAGAAGUGGUCAGGCGCUAGCUGACACUGACAGGCUCACUGCAGCACAGAGCUAGCUUUUAGCACCAGGUUGACUCAGAUAGAUACUGCAAACAUGCAGGAAUGGGCGAAUCAGUUAUGCGAGAAUCGACAAUUUGGAUCCAAGAUGACGGACUCCAAGUACUUCACCACUACCAAGAAAGGGGAGAUCUUCGAGCUCAAGGCGGAGCUGAACAGUGAUAAGAAAGAGAAGAAGAAAGAGGCUGUGAAGAAGGUCAUUGCAUCCAUGACAGUUGGCAAGGAUGUCAGCGCUCUGUUCCCGGAUGUUGUGAACUGCAUGCAGACGGACAACCUGGAACUGAAAAAGCUGGUAUACCUCUACCUGAUGAACUAUGCCAAGAGUCAGCCUGACAUGGCUAUCAUGGCGGUCAACACCUUCGUAAAGGACUGUGAAGACCUUAACCCUCUCAUCCGGGCGCUGGCUGUUCGUACGAUGGGCUGCAUCCGCGUGGACAAGAUCACCGAGUACCUCUGUGAGCCGCUGAGGAAAUGCCUGAAGGACGAAGACCCGUAUGUGAGGAAGACGGCCGCCGUCUGUGUCGCAAAGCUCCACGAUAUCAAUGCCCAGCUGGUGGAGGACCAAGGCUUCCUGGACACCCUCAAAGACCUCAUCUCUGACUCCAACCCCAUGGUUGUAGCGAACGCAGUGGCGGCGCUGUCGGAGAUCGCAGAGUCUCACCCCAACAGCAACCUGCUGGACCUGAACCCGCAGACCAUCAACAAGCUGCUGACGGCUUUGAACGAGUGCACAGAGUGGGGACAGAUAUUCAUCCUCGACUGCCUGGCCAAUUACACACCCCGUGAUGACCGCGAGUCCCAGAGCAUCUGUGAACGAGUGACCCCCCGGCUCUCCCACGCCAACUCUGCAGUGGUGUUGUCAGCGGUUAAGGUUUUGAUGAAGUUCAUGGAGAUGCUGCCCAAAGACUUGGACUACUAUGGCACCCUUCUGAAGAAGCUCGCCCCCCCGCUGGUCACUCUCCUCUCUGCUGAGCCCGAGUUGCAGUAUGUGGCCCUCAGGAACAUCAACCUCAUCGUGCAGAGACGCCCAGAGAUCCUGAAGCACGAAAUGAAGGUUUUCUUUGUGAAGUACAACGACCCAAUCUAUGUAAAACUGGAGAAGCUGGACAUCAUGAUCCGCCUAGCAUCUCAAGCUAACAUCGCCCAGGUUCUGGCUGAGCUGAAGGAGUACGCCACAGAGGUGGAUGUGGACUUUGUCCGUAAAGCAGUCAGGGCCAUUGGCCGCUGUGCCAUCAAAGUGGAGCAAUCAGCAGAGCGCUGUGUCAGCACGCUGCUGGACCUCAUCCAAACCAAGGUCAACUAUGUGGUGCAGGAGGCCAUCGUGGUCAUCAAGGACAUCUUCCGCAAGUACCCCAACAAGUACGAGAGUGUGAUUGCCACCCUGUGUGAACACCUGGAGUCCCUGGAUGAGCCGGAGGCCCGGGCCGCUAUGAUCUGGAUCGUGGGAGAGUAUGCCGAGCGCAUCGACAAUGCGGACGAGCUGCUGGAGAGCUUCUUGGAGGGUUUCCAUGAUGAAAGCACUCAGGUUCAGUUGCAGCUGCUGACGGCAAUCGUCAAGUUGUUCCUGAAAAAGCCCACGGAGACCCAGGAGCUGGUGCAGCAGGUGUUGAGCCUCGCUACACAGGACUCCGAUAACCCGGACCUGAGGGACCGCGGAUACAUCUACUGGCGUCUGCUCUCCACAGACCCCGUGGCUGCCAAGGAGGUGGUUCUGGCUGAGAAGCCCCUGAUCUCCGAGGAGACGGAUCUGAUCGAGCCCACGCUGCUGGAGGAGCUCAUCUGCCACAUCGGAACUCUGGCCUCCGUCUACCACAAGCCCCCCAGUGCCUUCGUGGAGGGCAGCCGUGGUGUUCAGCACAAGAGACUGGCCGGCAGCGCUGGAUCUGGGGAGAGUGUUGAGAGCCCAGAUACUGGUUCUGCUGCUGGAGUUUCUGAGGCUCCCCCCGCUGUCAUCCCAUCCCAGGGAGACCUCCUGGGAGAUCUGCUCAAUCUGGACCUGACACCCCCCACCGCCACCGGACCACCACCGGCCGCCGCCCCUGGCAUGCAGCUGGGUGCUAUGGACCUUCUUGGUGGAGGACUGGACAGCCUGCUUGGGGGAGACAUUGGAGGAAGUCCUGCUAUGGGGGCUGGUUUCGGCGCUCCUCCGGCUGCAAUGCCAGCUUCCUUCAACGCCCCCGUCAGUGGCGGUCUGGACGACCUGUUUGAUCUCGGCGGUGGAGUCGGUAUGACGAUGGGAUCCUACACCCCCCCUAAAACAGUUUGGCUGCCAGCUAUGAAGGCCAAAGGUCUGGAGAUAUCGGGCGUAUUUGUCCGCCGCUCUGGGGUCAUCCAAAUGGAGAUGACUCUCAGUAAUAAAGCCAUGAGUGUCAUGAGUGAUUUUGCCAUCCAGUUCAACAGAAACAGCUUUGGUCUGGCACCGGCUGGACCCCUCCAGAUUCUCACUCCUCUCAGUCCAAACCAGACCAUUGAAGCCGCCCUGCCGCUCAGCACCGUGGGGCCCGUCAUGAAGAUGGAGCCUCUCAACAACCUGCAGGUGGCUGUGAAGAACAACAUUGACGUAUUCUACUUCAGCUGCCAGUACCCCAUCAGCAUGCUGUUCUUGGAGGACGGGAAGAUGGAGCGACAGGUGUUCCUCGCCACAUGGAAAGACAUUCCCAAUGAGAACGAGUCCCAGUUUCAGAUCAAAGACUGCCAUCUCAACUCAGAUGCAGCCUCCAACAAACUGCAGGGUAGCAACAUCUUCACCAUAGCUAAGCGCACAGUGGAGGGGCAGGACAUGCUGUAUCAGUCCAUGAAGCUCACCAACGGCAUCUGGGUGCUGGCUGAGCUGAGGGUGCAGGCGGGAAACCCAAACUACACAAUCUCUCUGAAGUGCAGAGCUCCGGAGGUUUCCCAGUGUGUUUUCCAGAACUACGAGGCAGUGCUGAAGAACUGAAGCCCUAAACACCCCCUUUCCCUGCACCUGACCUGCGGACCAUGUUACAACCUCUCGCAGUUCAGGAGCCACUUCCUGCUGUGUUGGCAAAUUCGUCCGGUUCAUCAUUUUUUCUUCGUCACCCAUCACUGGUUGUUUUUCUUUCUGUAGCCUCAGAAAACCCUUCUUCUCUGUACGGCUGGACUCAUCACGUCCCUCUCUUGAGUUUGUUAGUUUCAGGACUUUAUCUCCCAAUACAUUUUCUGAACACUUUCACUGGUUCUACAGAUGACCCGUCUUCUUUUUGGGGCUGCAUUCCUGUGAGAGUUUUCUCUACAUGAGGUUCUUUUUAAUAAUGAUCCAGCCCCACUUUUCUGCAAAUUGGAGACUAUUUAUAGCGUCUGCAAUCACUUGUUGAAACAUCUCUGUUGGCAUAUUUAUUUAAGAAUGAAAUUGCCGCAGACCAAAGGCUUUAACUCAUUACUCUGUGUGGCUGUCUGGGCCUUAAAGAGACUCAUAUAUACUUUGAAACUACAUCAUUGUUUUGUUGUCUUUGUCUUUUUCUUUAGUGUUUAGCAGUGGGUUUGGAUCCUCUGCUGUCUCUGAGAGCAGAAUGUGUGCGGUGUGCAUGGUCACUGUUUGUUGGUUGGCUUUUCUUUAAUUUUUCCCAUCAAUAUUUGGGAGAUUUUAUAGACUAGCAGCAGUCGUCCACUGUUUGCUCUCUUACUUAGUCCAUUCCAUGGUUUGAUUUGUGUUUCGUAGUCUUUUUAGUGUUUAUGUGGCAAACUGGGAGAGAGGGUUUGUAUUUGCUGCCACCCCCCUGCGCAAGACAAACUCUCUCUGCCACUUUGCUCUCUGUGUACUCUCACCGCAGCGUCUCUAGUACUGUGGCCACCUGAGAUGAAGGUUCAGGUGAGAAAACUCUAAGCAUAUGAUGCCAUGGUUUGUCACACUUCUGAGUCACAGGUGUGGGUAGCACACUGCCUACAUCCAGUGUCCCUUGUUCUACCUGCAGACUCGACCCGGUAAAUCGAUUCCCUUCCUUCCGAGUCAUUACAUUGAGGUCCUUUUUAUCGGCUCAGCAGGAUGUACGCGCCAACGCUAACGCCUUGUAAAGAUUACCACAGAGCUGACUGCGUACUCAAGAGUGUGUGUCUUUGUGUGGUGACGGCUUAUUCCUAUGAAAUGCUGUAAAAAAAGAAGAAAAAAAAAAGAAGAAAUCUAAUCAAAUGUAUAAUCAGAGGUUUUUGAUUGACAUGAUUUUGUUCAUUGUGUGUACAUCAAAAAGAAAUAUUAAAAGUCUUGAUAAAUUCA